AUGUACCUGUCCAUUUCCACUCUGCGUCUUCUGCUCGUGUUCCUUGCCACCUUCACAACGCGGGUAUUCUCGGCACUCACCAUCACCGUCACUCCCUCCAACCAGCUCCCCAAUCCCAACUCCUUGCCGGCAGGAACGCAUGCAACCCUGACAUCCCUCCCUACAUCCAGACAUGGAGAGGAGAAUUACAAUGCUGUCCUCCACCCAUUGACUGCCCCGCUUACCCGCUCCGGGACUUUCAUCUUUUGGGACCUCCGAUCUCCCAAGCCCGAGUCCUACUUGCUCGAUAUUCAUUCUGCCGAAUAUGUCUUUCCUCCCCUACGCGUCGACGUCUCUGUGGAUGGUAAAGUACUCGGCAUCUGGGAGACAUUUCGUGGGAAUCCGUGGGAAAAUCGCGGGGCCGAAAAGUUCGCCGUCACUACUGCUACUUCAGAGACAACUACCGAAGUGCUCGAUGUGGCAGUGGAAAUAAAGCCGCUGGCAAGAAGAGGCUUUUACGAGGAAAGGGCUAAGUUCUCCCCUCUGGCCUUGUUCAAGAACCCCAUGAUCCUAAUGGCACUAGUAGCCAUGGGUUUUACAUUUGGAAUGCCAAAAUUGAUGGAAAAUAUGGAUCCUGAAAUGCGUGCCGAAUUUGAGAAACAAUCUCGAAGCUCCCCGAUCUCCAGUGCCACGAGAAAUGCUAUGGCUAGCGGUGGUGGUGCACAGGCUGGCUUUGACCUCGCUGGAUGGAUGGCUGGCGCAGCUCCAAGAACUGCGGCUAGCCAAGGAUCCUCCACUGGCAGAGACUCUGGAGACCAUAUACGAAGGCGAUGA